CAAUUUUGAAAUGAAUUUCCUCUCCACUCUCUCCUCUCACCGACGGCGAUGAGGCCACUCAAACCUCUCCUUGAUAGCAGAUUCAUCGAGUCUUGGCGACGAGAAGGGGAACAUACACAGAGGGAUGAUGAUGGCAGUGACAGAGUUUUUGGCCAUGGAAGAUUUCGAUCUGAUGGUGGAAGCAGUGGGGGUCGAGGAAAAAGAGUGAUGUAUCUUAGCUUACCAAUCAGUUUUGCUUUGGACUGCGAGGCGGCAUGGCUAUCUUGCCCUGUCAACGAUGAGUGAGGAGGAAGGGGUUUGGUUGGCUUCGGGAGGAAUUGGGAAUUGUUUUGUCAAUGGUGGCUAAGGGGUGGCCGAUGGCGACGACGGCUCUUUUUCGGCAAGGGCUUGCGUUUCUCGGUGGGAUUGCUUGAAUCGAAUUUUUCAAUAAUUGGAUGGAAUUGAG